ACAACGAAGAGCCCGGAAGCGGUGGAGCCAACGGCCUGACAGGUCUAUGGCGGUUCUAGAGCCUGCCGUGGUCUCCAGGAGUGGGCAUUAGUCCUUGAAAUAACAGUCCAUUGGACUCAAGAUUGUUGCAUAGGAGAUAAAGCCGGGGGUCGGUGAGCGAACGUCUUGAACGUGCCAGUAAGUAAAAUGGCGAGAAGGGCAAGACCGAGCGGGACCGGUCGAUAGCGCAGCACUCGACGUCGCGGCCUGGGCGCGUGCGCAGUGAAUGUGCACGCAGAGCCAUCGAUCGGGCGGGAUUCGCGCCUCCAUUUUUUUAGAAGAGAGCCGGAGAGCCGGAGCCAGUGAUCGCGAUCAGAGGAAAUUUAACAGCUAAAGAACCUGGGCUAAGAACAUGAGGUCACUAACCAAAGAUGAUGCAGCUAGUCUAGCUGGAAUGGAAGUUGUCCUUUUCUCCAAGAUGUACAGAACCAAAGUGGGCCUGAAGGACCGCCAGCAGCUCUACAAGCUGAUCAUCAGCCAGCUACUCUACGAUGGCUACAUCAGCAUCGCCAAUGGCCUCAUCAACGAAGUCAAGCCUCAGUCAGUGUGUGCCCCCUCCGAGCAGCUCCUGCACCUCAUCAAACUAGGGAUGGAAAACGACGACACAGCAGUCCAGUAUGCAAUUGGUCGUUCAGAUACGGUUGCUCCUGGCACAGGCAUAGACCUGGAAUUCGAUGCAGAUGUCCAGACCAUGUCCCCAGAGGCUUCUGAGUAUGAGACGUGCUACGUCACAUCCCAUAAAGGACCCUGCCGUGUAGCAACCUACAGUAGAGAUGGGCAGCUGAUAGCCACUGGGUCUGCUGAUGCUUCCAUAAAGAUACUUGACACAGAGAGAAUGUUGGCCAAAAGUGCCAUGCCAAUAGAGGUCAUGAUGAACGAGACUGCACAGCAGAACAUGGAAAACCACCCCGUGAUUCGGACACUCUAUGACCAUGUGGAUGAAGUCACAUGUCUUGCUUUUCACCCAACAGAACAGAUCUUGGCCUCUGGCUCAAGAGAUUAUACUCUCAAAUUAUUUGAUUAUUCCAAACCAUCGGCAAAAAGAGCCUUCAAGUACAUUCAGGAAGCUGAAAUGCUACGCUCCAUCUCUUUCCAUCCUUCUGGAGACUUUAUACUGGUUGGAACUCAGCACCCUACUCUUCGACUUUAUGAUAUCAACACCUUCCAAUGCUUUGUCUCUUGCAAUCCUCAAGAUCAGCACACCGACGCCAUUUGCUCCGUUAAUUAUAACCCCAGUGCCAAUAUGUAUGUAACUGGCAGCAAGGACGGCUGUAUCAAAUUAUGGGAUGGAGUUUCAAAUCGCUGCAUCACCACCUUUGAGAAAGCACACGAUGGUGCCGAAGUCUGCUCUGCCAUUUUUUCCAAAAAUUCUAAAUACAUUCUUUCAAGUGGAAAAGACUCUGUGGCUAAGCUUUGGGAAAUAUCCACAGGACGAACACUGGUCAGAUACACGGGCGCGGGCCUGAGCGGCAGGCAGGUGCACCGGACACAGGCCGUCUUUAACCACACGGAGGACUACGUGCUGCUACCGGAUGAAAGGACCAUCAGCCUGUGCUGCUGGGACUCGAGGACGGCCGAGCGCCGGAACCUGCUCUCGCUGGGCCACAACAACAUCGUGCGCUGCAUCGUGCACUCACCCACCAACCCGGGCUUCAUGACCUGCAGCGACGACUUCAGAGCCCGGUUCUGGUACCGGAGGUCCACCACCGACUGAGCCAGGCAGACCUGGCCAUGGGGCUCAUGUCUGAGGACUCCGCCCUCCUCCCGGGGCCUGCCACCAGUGCCAGUAGGAAGCUAUGCCACCCGUGGCUUGUGCUGUGCCACGGUGUACAUCCUACUGGGAUUUGGACAAAAGAAUCUUUUUUGGCCUUGAUGUAGAAUCAUGGUGGAAAAGGUUGGAAACCCAGAUCUGUGCAUUUCUCCACUCACUGAUGAUUACAGUGUGAUUUUUACUGGUUUUGUAAAUGCAGGACUUGCCGAUUCAUUGAUCUUGCGCAUUUCGAGGAGAGAGUAUUAAAGUGCUUUCUAGGGUUCAGGUGAGUCUAGCGUGAGAACUUCGGCUUGGUUCUCGGCCACCCCCAAGCCUAUUCUGCGACCCCUCUCUGUAUUUCCUUUCCAGAUACAUUGUGACAGGUGAGUAGCUGCGGCGUGAGGACCUAGAGUGUUGUGCCAUGUUGAACCACUUUGAGAACCUCUCAUCCUUCUGACAAUAAAGCUCAGAUCUGCAA